GUGUGAUGAGGAGACAUGGGACUCUGUCACAUCCAAAACAAGGAAAUCCUCGAGCGAGUAAUGGCGAUUCUUCUAGCAAACUCGCUUUACUUCUGCUAACACAACCAGCUUGUUAAUUCUUCUCAUACUUGGCCUGUGGAACCAGCGUAGCCAUGUCAUCCCGGGUGUUGCUACGGCAACAGCUCAUGCGAGAGCAGGCGCAGGAGCAGGAGAGGAGGGAGGCGCAGCAGCAGGCGUCUGCCGCCCAGCUCCGUUCGACAGAGUCCACUCCUGCCAUCUCAGUCACUGUGCCACCGAUGGCUGCCCGCCCUCCUCCAGCUCAAGUACCAGUGGAGGUGCUGAAGGUGCAAACUCAUCUUGAGAACCCAACUAAAUACCACAUUCAGCAGGCCCAGAGGCAGCAAGUGAAGCAGUACUUGUCCACCACGCUAGGAAAUAAAGUUGCCCCACAAACUCUCGGUGUAUCCCCCGUUCCUCAGUCAAGUUCUGCUCCGGAGAGAUGCCCUUCUGCUAGCAGUGCUCCUAACAGUCCAAUGGCACAUCUUAACCUGGGCUCCAACAAAGAAGAGAUGGAUGACGUAAUUGAUGACAUCAUCAGCCUUGAAUCCAGCUUCAAUGAUGACAUCUUGUCACUGAUAGAUUCUGGCCUGCAACUCCCAAACACGCUACCAGGCAACCUUCUGGAUGUCUACAACAGUACUGGCAUGACAGCCACCACCAUCACCGUCAGCAAUUCCUGCCCAGCAGAUCUGCCUAAUAUUAAAAGGGAAAUAUGUGAUACAGAGACCAGAGCCUUCAUGAAGGAGAGGCAAAAGAAAGAUAAUCACAAUCUCAUUGAACGCCGGAGAAGAUUCAACAUAAAUGACAGAAUAAAGGAAUUAGGAGCACUGAUACCCAAAUCCAGUGAUCCAGAGAUGCGCUGGAACAAGGGAACUAUUUUGAAGGCUUCUGUUGAUUAUAUAAGAAAACUUCAGAAAGAGCAACAGAGGGCCAAAGAGGUUGAGACGAGGCAGAAGAAACUGGAGCAAUCCAACCAGGCCCUGCUGCUCCGCAUACAGGAGUUAGAGAUGCAAGCUCGUCAUCAUGGCCUCUCCAAUGCUAUGUCUCCAGGCCUGAGCGCAGACGCUUCUUUCCUUCAGCAACAGCUGCUACAAGUAAACCAGUCCAUGCAGCCUGGCUCUGGGGAAGGCCAGUCUCAGAACCACCUCGGCGUGGAUGGAGUCAUUACACAGACUUCUCCGUUCCUCUCAAUGCCUCCCUCCAGCUCCCCGGCUUGCGGCAGUAAGCGCCCCCUCAAUCUGGAUACGUUUAGCUUUGCAGAGCUGGAUGAAGCUUCGGCCUCUGAUCUUUACCCUGACGUUGGUCUUAGUGACAUUCUGAUGGACGACGGCUGCUCGAUGCCCACCGUCAGGUCUUCAGAUGCGCUCUUUUCCCCGAUGUCCUCAGGAGCCUCUAAGACCAGCAGCCACAGGAGUAGCGUGACCAUGGAGGAUGACUUGUGAACCGAACUGACCACUAAAUCUAUGUUUUUAUGCUUUUCCCCCGUGGGGGACGCCAUGGGAUGUGUUUAAAGAGAUCGUUCAACCAAAAACGAAAACUCAUUUUGUUUCAAACCUGUUACUUUCUUUCUUCUGUGGAACAUGAAAGAAAAUCAUUUUUGAGAAAUAUCUUCAAUUUCUUCAAAAUAUCUUCUUUUGUGUUCUCUAGAAAUGCCACAGUCUUUGGUGGACAAUCCCUUUUAGAAACACUCCACAUGCUAUCGAACGAUUAAUUGCGAUUUUUCGCAUCCAAAGUAAAGGUUUGUGUGUGUGCUAUUAUUACGUAUAUAUAAAUACACACACAUGCAUGUAUAUUGUUUUUAGAAAAUGUUGUUUAUGCAUUUAAAUAUUUACAUUUAUAAAUAUGUACAUGGAAAUAUUU